UCUCAGGCCUUUCCUCGUCUCCGUCUCUCUCUCUGUCUCUCUCGCGACGGGGGAAUCCAAUGCCUUCACCAUCGUCAUGGAGUUGCAUUCUGAUGUCCCUGAUCCGGUGCUUCUUCGUUGCCUCCUCCCUCCCCCUCACACACAGCUCGGAUGUGAAGGCGCUGAAGGUCGGUGAAGAAAUUAAGGGCGAGACAAUGCCAUUGAACUCCGGACAACGCACCUACGAGCUGCUCGGCCUUAGAAGAUCCGCGUCCUACGAAGUCAAGAUAUCAUAUCCGGCCUCUAUACCUGCUAGCUUCUCCAUUCAACUGCAGACGACCUUGCCGGAACUUUGGUCGAGAAAGAAUAGGAGAUUGCUUAAUACGGAGAAACUAAUUUUUAAGGCUGAUAAUGACGAAUCAGCUUUUGUUAUUUUGACGGUCGACGCUGCCGGGGUUGUUGCCAAGCCAAAUGUGCCGGAGAGAGAACUGGUCAUCUAUAACAUCGGGCCUUCAAAACUGAAACCUUAUUCACAACCCUUCAAGUAAGGUUAUAAGCUUUCCAAUGUAGCAGUUGUUUUCAAGAUUGCUGGAGCCAUGAGUCUUUCAGUUGCUUCAUGGAUUCAAGACAAGCUGCUUUUCAGUGUGAGCUAAAAGAACCUUAUUAGCUGUAGAAGAUAUAAAAAUGAAAAAUAAUAUGGUAGGGAAGAAAAAAGAGAUUAUGGUAGCACUAGUUCCAACAUAGUGAAGGGAAAGACCUAAUUUCUGAGGUAUGUGGACUUAACAACCUAGCUUAUCAGGUGAAAUUUUUUUUUUUUUUUGGUUCUUGAUAGUAAUAGUGGAUCUGUGGAUGUUGUUUGUCUUAAUGUUAUGACAUUUAUUUUAAUCUAAAUUACCAGUGACAUGGAACAAAAUGGAGUGCCAACUGACACGUAGAUAAAACAAAAUUCUACAAUUUAUUGAUUAAAUUGAUAUCACAGAAUAAUAGGUGACUUGCAAACUUUUAUGUUUGAGCACAUAUUAAUAUAAUUGUUCAGCUGCAGAAAUUAAGUAAAAUGCUGUGUUUGUGGAUAUUUCCUUGUUAACAUUUUGCCAUUUAUUGAUUUUCCAUAUUUAGUUGCAUUUAAGACUGGAGACAGUUUGAUGGCCAUCUGCAUCUUGGAUGGUAAAUUAGAACAUCUUUAUGCUUAGAACAGACAUUCUAAAUACGUUCUCAACGCAGACUAGUAUCCUUUUGGGCUUUUAUUUUAGUUGCACAUUGUGUUCUCGUU